AUGAUUACUCCGUGCAAAGAAGAGCCAAUCGCAAUUGUCGGGGCGGCCUGUCGUUUUUCCGGCAAAGUAACAUCUUUGCGCGGACUUUGGAACAUGAUUAGCAAUGGCCGUAGCGGUCAUGGAAAGGUUCCGCCUUCGCGGUGGGAUGCAGAUACUUGGUAUCAUCCUGACCCUGAUCGCAAGGGAUCUGUAACCGGAGUUCCGAUGGACAGCUUAACUAAUUCUCAAACCGGCGUUUACGUUGGCUGUAUGACGAACGACUAUGAGCAACUCUCAACUCAUGACCCUUGUGACAUAGGGGAUCUAGCAGCUUCCGGUACGAGCGAUGCCAUGAUUGCAAAUCGAGUAUCGUGGUUUUUCGGUCUUCGAGGUCCCAGUCUAACCCUCGACACUGCAUGUUCAUCAAGCCUUUAUGCACUUCAUCUGGCAUCGAACGGUUAUGGCCGAGGCGAAGGUAUCGGGUGUCUGGUAGUAAAGCGACUGAAGGACGCAGUUCGAGACGGGGACACGAUUCGAGCCGUCAUUCGUGGAACCGGUGUCAAUGCGGAUGGCAAGACGCCGGGAAUCACGCAGCCCAGCUCCGAGGCACAGACCGAGCUCAUCAGGACUACGUAUGAGACAGCCGGUCUUUCGCUUACGGAUACUCAGUAUUUCGAGGCGCAUGGUACUGGAACUUCUCUGGGUGUAGGCAGAACCCUCGGCGCGGCGCGUUCGGGCGAGGAGCCGCCCCUCUAUGUAGGCAGCAUCAAACCCAAUUUAGGUCACACGGAAGGCUGUUCGGGUAUUGCCGGAGUGCUCAAGUCCAUCCUGUGCUUGGAAAACGGAGUGCUGAUUCCCACGGUCGGCAUCGAAAAGCUGAACCCGAAGCUUAAGCUGGGAGAUUGGAACCUCGCAUUGCCGUCGCAAAACAUGGCAUGGCCUUCCAAAGGGCAACGUCGCGUGAGCGUCAAUUCGUUCGGUUUCGGCGGAGCCAACGCUCAUGUCAUCUUGGACGAUGCCUACCAUUUCCUCCGAAACCACGGCCUCGUGGGAAACCAUACCACUACCUGCUUAGAAGACGAUUUUUCUGAUUCAGGAAUCGACCAUCAAUCAGACUUACGUUCGCCGUAUCAAGAAGAGCCUAAACGACUUUUUGUAUUCAGUACAAGAGACCAGGCAGGUAUUGAGCGCCUGGCGCCUUUGUACGCGGAUUUCUUGUCCAACACGGCGGCGACUUCUCAAUUUUUGACGGAUCUGGCCUUCACUCUGUCAGACCGGCGAACACAACUGGAAUUCAGGAGUUUCGCAAUCGCUGAUUCAUCGUCGGCGCUCGAGACUCAGCUGAGGAAAGGACUCCCUCAACUCAAAAGAGCGUCGAAACACGACAACCCCAUCUUCGUUUUUACCGGCCAAGGAGCCCAGUGGCCUGCCAUGGGAAAGGAGUUGCUCAACAACUGCAUUUUCCGCACCAGCAUUGAGAAGUCACAGGUCCUCCUGGAGCAUUAUGGCUGCGAAUGGGAUCUGGUCGAUGAGCUUUCGAAGACUACGGACUCCAACGUGGACCUACCUCAAUACAGCCAGGUUCUAUGUACAAUUCUCCAGAUUGCUCUAGUUGAUCUCCUACGAAGGUGUAACGCUGUUAAGGUGGCAUAUCUCCGUGGGAUCUGCUCUGCGAAAGCUGCAGGCAACGCCAGUUCGCCCGUGGGGGCAAUGGCCGCGGCCGGACUCUCUGAAGAGGAGGCAGCCAAGUACCUCGAGCAAGUGGCCCCCGGUUCUGUUGUUGUUGCCUGUGUCAACAGCCCUUGCAGCAUCACAUUCUCUGGGGAUGGUGAUGCCGUCACUCGACUGUGUCAGCAGAUCUCCGCGCAUGGAAAAUUCGCAAGAUUGCUGCGCGUGAAGACUGCGUAUCACUCUCCUGCCAUGCAAAAAGUUGCACGGGAGUACCUGGAUGGUAUGGGCACCAUAGUCCCUUUGGCCACGGAAGACCAGGUUGCCCCUAUGUUUUCAUCCCUCACCGGUACCACAGUCACCGCUAAAGACCUUGACGGAUCAUACUGGAAAAGGAACAUGUGUGAAAAGGUUCGGUUCGCACAAGCGGUUAAGACUUUACUUGAAUACGUGCCGGAAGAACAGCAGGCAAUGGGCCACAAGCGCACCCCGUGGAGCGCUUUCAUUGAGAUUGGACCUCAUGCUGCCCUUCAAGGCCCAGUUGCAGAGAUCACCGAAACCAAUCAGAGCAAAUCGGCAAAAGAGGCGCCAUACUUCUCAGCGAUCCUGAGGGGCAAAGAUUCCGAAUUGACGACUCUUGAACUAGCGGGGAAACUAUGGAGUUCCGGCCAUAACGUCAAGCUUUCCAGGGUCAAUUUCAUCUAUCCCGAAUCAUUGCCAAUCUCAAUCCCGGAUUUGCCAUCGUAUCCUUGGAGCCAUACCAGAAAAUAUUGGCACGAGUCUGCUACAGCGCGAUCAAGCAGAUUGUCAAGGGGACCUCGCACUGAUCUGCUGGGUUGGCCAGUAGAUUUGCAAAACGCCAUGGAACCUAGAUGGCGCAAUUAUAUUCGCAUUCCGCAAAAUCCAUGGAUUGAGGACCAUAAGAUUACUGGGACAGUGCUCUACCCUGCAGCCGGCAUGAUCGUGAUGGCCAUGGAAGCUGCAUAUCAGCUGCGAGACACUUCCAAACAUCUUACUGGUAUUUCUUUUCGCAACCUCAAGUUUGACCAUGGUUUGGUCGUGGAGUCAGGGGAUCAAUCUGUGCAGACCGAAGUGAGCUUACGACCUGAUACCAGACGUGCUUUCACUUGGGAUUUUGCAGUGUACUCCAUACAAGCAGGAGGAGUCUGGACCAGGCAUUCCUAUGGAGCUCUCAGCCUGGAAUAUAGCGGUGACGGCAAUCAUGAUUCUGAUACCGCUCCGGAUGGAGCUUGGCCCGUUGUUUCAUCCAACUGGGUAGAAAUCCAGAAGAACGAAUUCGAAGAGGUCGAUAUUGAAACAUUCUACGACGAGCUUGAGGCAGUGGGCGUACAAUACGGGCCGACCUUCAGGAAUGUCUUUCAGGCAGGCAUCUCCAAUAACGAGCAUUGUGCUGUUGGAUGCAUUAGUAUCCCUGACACCAAGUCCACAAUGCCUUACAACUACGAGUUUCCACACAUCAUACAUCCGGCAACCAUGGAUGCCUUAUUUCAUCUCCUCUUUAUCGCUUUCUCAGACGGCAAAUCUGUAAGGGAAGCCGCUGUACCAUACACGCUAGAGCAUAUGUAUGUUUCAAUGGAUCUUCCUCAAGGACACGGUAGCGUCUUUAAGGGGUACGCCAAACGCCUGCGGAUGGACGGGCGAGAGAUGUCUGGUGAUUUGGUUGUGUCAGAUGAAGCCUGGAGCAGCCCCAAGGUGAUUGCCCGCAAUUUCGUUUUGAGGCAGGUUACUUCUUCUGGCGAAACAAACAAUCACAGUUCAAGGCGUGUCUGCGCCAAACUUCGAUGGAAGGAGGAUGUAGACUUCACCCGCUCUCCCAUGUCUCUACUGGGAAAGGUUGCUGACGAAUCCGGCUUACCUUGCGACGGUACAAUCUUGACGGCUAUUUCGGUACUUUUUGACAGACUGCAUCACAAGAAUUCCGGCUAUAGGAUUCUCAUAUCCAUGCAAGACGCGACGGAAACUUCCCGGGAUUGGGUCCGAGCAUUCCUGAAUACUGGGGGCAACGGCGCCAACGGGCGUGUUAGAAAGGCGUUCAUCGCCAUCGCCACCAGCAACACCAACCAGUUGUCGGAAACGUCAUUCACUGAGGAGGAGGGUCAGGUCGAGCUUAAAGAAUGGAAUCCCAACGGAGAAGAGAUGUUUCCGUUUCGCAAAGAGACUUUCGACAUUGUAUUCAUCAUUAAAGCUCCGACGACCAAACAAUCGGAUCUUUCGGCCAUGUUUACAUUGCAAGAGUCUCUGGGUCCAAUGGGAAUUCUUGGCGUCGUCAACCUUAAUGACGGCCUAUUCUCGUCCACGGAGGUUGAGUCAAUCAUUGAACCUGCUGGACUGGAAAAGAUUGCCGUUCUGUCAGAUGGAAUACAGGCCCAAUCGCUCCUACUCACCCGCAAGUUGUCAUCAACGAACGACGAGAUGAAACCUUCAGAAGUCUUUCUCCUCUGUAGGACAGAGCGUUCAUUGGAAUGCAAGCAACUAGAGAAAUUAUUAGCGAAUGGACUUCAGCUAAUGGGUUGCGAGGCAAAGACCGCAACUUUGUUGGACACGGAGCAGCUCAAGGGUACACAUGUCAUUUCUCUGCUCGAAGUUGAAUCACCACUUGUCAACAAAUGGACCGAAGAAGAAUUCACGCAAUUUAAACGUCUCGUAUCUGUCGUAUCUAAUAUGCUUUGGGUAACCAGGGGCGGGAUCAUGGAAAGCUGGAACGGCGGCCUGGAAUUUGCACCUUCUCAGGGUCUGAUGAGAGUCAUGCGGACAGAGUAUCCGCACAUUUUCAUGCCGCACCUGGAUCUUAGCAGGACCAGAAGUGUGCAUUCCCCUUCUGUCGCCGAAACAAUUUUGGAUGUUUGGAGGGUUUCGAUUCGAGAAAGAGGUCAUCGUCAGCUCGAGAUGGAGUACGCCGAAGGUGAUGGUGCAAUCUUUGUGCCCAGAUUCAUCGAAGACAGCAGCUUGGACGCAAACCUGAACAUCCAAAGUGGUAUUCCCCAGCCAGUCCAAGGAAGGUUAUCGGACGACACUCAAUGGAGAUUGGACCGAACAGACAAGCAAUUCAUGUGGGCAGAAGAAGCAACCGGCAGUCGGACUCUCAUUCAAGGCGAAGUCAAGAUAAAAGUUGAUUAUAUGUCGCUACAAAAAGCCCCCAUUUCACCAGAGAGGGGCUCGAAUGCCAUUCAGGCGAUUGCUGUGUCAGGCAUCAUACUGGAUCACUUAGCGACAACCAAAGCUUUCGAGGUCGGCCAGCGAGUCGUCGCGCUUCACCCUGGCCCCUGUCAUACGACCCUUGUUAUCAAUGAGGAAUUCGUGCGACUACUACCCCCUCUCUCUGAUUCCCCAAGCGUUCUGAAGACUAUCACAGCUCUGUUUGCUGCUAAUUAUGCUUUGAUGGAAGCGUCAAGAUUGGAGAAGGGACAGACGGUUCUAAUUUACGGAGCAGAGACCCAUCUUGGGCAGGCAGCUUUGCAGCGAGCGAGUUUAGCUGGAGCAAAAGUCUUCACCACCACCAAAGGUCCUAGUGAGAGACUUGAGACCGUGUCCAAGAACAGUCUGGCUGAAGUAUCGCGACAAAUUCAAGGUCACGAAGCAGACAUCAUUCUGAACUGCAUACAGGACGAGUUCCCAUCAGGCCUCUUCAAGCUUUUAGCGCCAUUUGGAACCUUCGUUGAUGUUGGAUACGGUCGAAAGUCAACAGAAUCGUCCAAGCCACUUUCUUGCCAAAACGCAACUUUUGUCACGGCCAACCUGUCACAGCUUUUGGAAGCGAGACCGACACUUGCUAAGCGCAUAUUCGCCGAAACUGUUGAUCUCGUCGAGGAAGGGAGAAUUUCUCUUCGGUCCACAGAUCGGACGGAGUCAAUUUCCAGCCUUAAUGGUGUUGGGACACAACUUGCCAAGAAGGAAGUUGGUGAAUUCGAAGUUUUGCAUGUUGAUCGCAGCGUCAGUGUCACCAUCCUACCAACCAGGAUUCCCGAGCUCCGUCUCGAUGCGAACGGUAUAUACGUCCUCGCUGGUGGCCUGGGUGCUCUAGGUGUGCAGAUAGCCGAGUUGAUGUUCAAGCAUGGCGCAGGGCAUGUGGUGUUUCUCUCUCGCUCCGGGGGCGAGAAGAACAAAGAAGUCCUAGAAUCUUUCCGCCAACGCGGACUGAGCGUUGACGCGCUUCGGUGCGACAUAUCUGACGCAUCACAACUUAAAGAUGCCCUUCGGGAACUUCAAAGUGCUCGGAGGCACAUCAAGGGCGAUGCCAUUUUCGAAAACAUGACCUUCGAACAAUGGAAGAAGUCAGCACGGCCUAAAAUACAAGGGACAAUAAACCUGCACCAACAAAUGCCGAGGGACUUGGACUUCUUCAUCCUACUCUCAUCCAUCACAUGUGUCAUCGGCAACGCAGCUCAGUCCAACUAUGCCGCUGGCAACACGUUUGAAGACGCUUUCGCCCACUUCCGCCGGAGCCAAGGCCUGGCUGCGACAGCCAUCGAUGUCGGUCUCGUGACAGACUCGGCUCAUUUCACGGGCAACUUUGAUAUGGAGGCGUAUUUGCAGAUGUAUGAGCACAGAUGGGAUGGCCUGCAAACCACUCAGUCAGAGCUCAAUGCAGUACUGCAGGCGGCCAUGUCUGGCAGAACGGCAGACGGGCGACCUAUAGAGCCUCAGAUUGUCCUUGGCCUGGGUUUCAUGGCAGUCGGCUCCUCCUCCGCCUUGUGGACGAAAGAUCCCAAAUUCAAUCACCGCAUCAAUCACUUUUCGUCCCGUCACGUAGAAACCGGGGCAAAUAUCGAGUCUGCCAAGGAGAGAUUAUCGAAAGCGGUCAACUUUCAAAAUGCUGUUAGGGUUGUUGAAUCAAUUCUGAAAGGAUAUGCGGCUCACAUUCUAGGCAUCAACACCCAGGACGUUGAUGUCGAGAAGGCGUUUUAUGAUUUUGGGGGUAUGUGUUGUCCUACAUCUCGCGGACUUUGGCACGUAUUAUUCUCUGACAGAUAUUUUGCUGAUACUUCUCCCCUCACAGUGGACUCCUUGAAGGCAGUUGAGCUCCGCAACCGCAUUUUCCGGGAGAUGGAAAGUGACGUAUCGGUAUUUGAGUUGUUAAGUCCAUCGCCCCUUUCCAAGUUGUCUGUAGAGGUGGCGGCUCGGUUUGAUAAUAGUCUAGAGGCUAGGAGAUUGCACUGGAAGCAAGCGCCGAGGAUGCCACGCCAGGUAUUUGUAAACAUUUCCUUGAAACCAGGUGAAGAAUGGAUGUGCAACUUUGGUCUGUUGACCCAAAAACCGGUCGGCGUGCGUGAAGCUGUAAAGUGGAUAGACAGCCGCUGCGCCCCAUGCUUGGUUGAAAACACCCCAAAACAUGUGCUCCCUACAGAAUUCUCGGUCAUUAGGGGCUCUUCUGUCAGAACUGGUCUAAACUGCAAAGACCUGUAA